CUUCGGUCUCGUGCUGAUAAAUACCAUAAAUAUCCUGCACAGUGCUUUUGGAUCUUUUAUCAUCUCUCUUUUAUUGUGUCGGAAGAACUUUAAGGUGUUGAUCCUAUUCAUUAUUUUCUGUCAACUUUGUACCAGCUCCAUUAAAGAGGUCAUUCAAGACAGUUUGGGGAGCGUUAGGUUAUAUCUAGAUUGGCGGUAACGAAUUCGAACUCGAUUUGAAUGAAAUCAUGGAUAUGGAGAUUAUCUGUAUUUCUUCUGACGACGAGACGAAUUCGCAAAAGGAAAAUAAGACGAAAUUAGAUAAUACUUCUGUCACUUGUGGAAAGAUAGAAACUUUAUCUAGCGAUGAUGAAAAAGUAGAAGGAAAUAAUUUAAAACGAAAAAUGUUGACAACAGAUACAGAAGAAAAAAUUCAUAACAAUAUGGAAAAGAAAAAAAAAUUGAACAUGUCAAAAUCAAGUUAUGAAUGUCAAAAUCAAGUUAUGGCAUUAGUUGAAACUAUAUUUAAGCCUGACUUAUAUCACAUAUCUAAUAAUUCUGAUAAGUCUGAUUUAUCUAAUAAGUCUGUUCCUGUACAACCAAACAAAAAUCAAGAAAUAAUUGAAAAGCCAAAAUUGGUUAUAAAAGAGAAGAAAAAGAUAUCGUAUGUUGCACAUGACGUUUUUCCGCUCUUUAUAAGUUUAUGCCUUCAAAAAAGUAAGGAUAAGGAUAGAAAAGAUAUGGAAAAAAUUAUUAAUAAAUUAAAGAGACGUUACGAAGAGUUAGAUCCGGAAUACACCAGCUCAGAACAUUUUGUUUCGUUUUUAAAUGAAAAGCGUGCGGCCAUUAUGAAAAAUGAUAAAAAACUAUAUGUAUAUAUAGAAGAAGUGAUGAAUGAGAUGAAAAGAAAAUUCAAAAAAAAAUCCCAUAUAUUGCCAUCUACAGAAACCUAUGAUGCAGUUCCCUCUACUUCAUACGCUGCAAAUAAUUUAUCAGUUAAUAAUGCAGCAAAAUUAGAUUAUAGCAAUGAUAAUGAAGAAACUGCAAAUCCUCGGACAAAAGAUAAAAUUAAAUUAAUAUUACAAGCCAUGACAAAUUGUGAAAGAAUAAUUAAAAAAUUGGAAGAAGCAGAAGUUGAUUUCGAUAAAGAGGACAAUAGUACUUAUAUGAAAGUUGAAAGAUAUAAACAAAGGAUGGUAGAAUUAUAUAACAAAUAUUGCGAAUUAACGGGAGAAAAUACUGAUGCGGGGCGCGUAUAUUUGCGGCCCAAGCAUAUAAGCUCAACUCGUAUUGUUGUUGUUGAUCAAGCAAUAACAAAUUUCAUUAAUUCCAAAAUUGCCCGACGAAAUAAGAUAAAGAAGACAGGAGCUCUUACAAAUGAUGUAAUAUUCCCUGAUUAUAGAGAUAUCUUGGAAUGUGUUAGUAGAUGUAACGAUAAAAGAAAUUUAGGCUUAGAUAGAAAACAACAAAAACAAUUGGCAAGAAAAGCUUUCCUAGAAUUAGGAGAACUUUUACAACGCACAAGACGUAACGAUUAUUGGGAUACAUUUUCUUUGUAUCUUGAAAACGCGGGAGAAGAUCCAGCUAUAAAAGAUAAAGACUUAGCAAAUAAAUUAAUCGAUAAUCGCACCGAAGGUGAAAAAAGAUUAGCUGCCGUAUUUGACAAAUAUACAAUGAAACAAUAUGAAGUAAAGGAGCAAAAUGAUAUUGAAACUUCGGAGGAAGAAGAAGAUGAAGAAGGUGAAAGUGUUGUGGAUGAUAAGAUAAAGGAUGAUAUAUCUGUGGCUAGUUUAAGUGAAGAGGACAGUGAUAAUGAGGAGAAUAUAAAUGAAAAAAUUAACAAAGUUAAGACAGAGAACAAAGAUAACACAGAGAACAAAGUUAACCAAAAUAACAGAUUGCUUGUAAAAAAUGGUAUGAGUAAUAUAAAUACAAUAAAUAUAUAUCGGAAAACGGAUAAAGUUAUAUCAAAUAAAACUCUACUAGAUACAUCGCAACAGAAAUACAAUGAAAAGGAUAAAAUAAAAACUCCGAUAAAAGAGAAUAACAUGGUGAUAUCUGAGAAUAAAAAUCAAGCAACUGAGAAAAUUGUAAAUAAAGUAUGCAAUAAUAAUAUUGUGGCAAAAAAUGUGGAUGUAAAUGCAGAAACACCAGCGGAUUCCUUACCAACAUGUUCUACAGUAGACUGCACAAGUAAUAGGAUUGAAGAAGAUCUACCUGAGGUGGUAACAGAAGACAUGUCCAAAGUAAUACCUGGUCCUGUACUACCUGUAAUAGAAACGGUAACAGAGGAUGUAGCGGAUGUAAUGCCUGGUGCUGUAGCAGAAAUACCGGAACCAAUAAUGGAAGAUAUCACAGAGGUGACGAUUGCAGGUGAAACAGAGGUAAUAACAGAUGAUGCGACAGAUGUAAUUGUAACCGAGAAUCAACGGGAAGAAGAAAAGAAGCCUCUAUUGCGAGUACGAUCCUUUGCAAAACCUCCUACAACUUGGGAGGUGGAUAGUCGACAGAAAAUAGUUAAGAUCGCUGAAGAAAAUGCAUCAAAAGCACCAAAUCAACUCAAAGAUGUAGUUGAUCUGACCAAUGAUGCAAUCAAUAAACCAUUACCAAUUAUUAAGACAUUGCCUCUUACCAAGUGUACUAUACAACUUGGAAACAAGAUACUUCCUCUGGUGAAAAGUCAAAGAUUGCUUAUACCGUCAAAUAGGAAUAUAAUCAGUGUUAAAAAUAUUACAAAUAAUUAUCUAAAGGUAAAUACGAAAAGUGAACAAACACCUAAGCGCGAUAUUUGUGUUCAGUUGCCAUCUGCUCAAACAGACACUACUCGACAAAAUCAACCACAAAAACCUAUCAUCACGAGAAACGAGGUGCCCUUUAGAGGAAACGAAACGAUAUUACGAAUUAUUCAACAAGGUAAGCCGAUUAUUGUAUCCAAAAACUCGACAGUGCAGUCUGUUUCCAACCAAAUAAAUGUGCAUUUCUCGAAGAUAAAACCAAAAUGACUAAAUGAACCUAUAAUAAGGGCUAUCUUUUUAGAUCAUUGUUACACGAAAACUAAUAUAAGCUAAUAAAUAUUUGGGUGUUAAUUAUUUCUACUAUA